CACGGCCCGACAGCCGACAGUCCACCAUAGUGCGUCGCGCGCGCUGGUUCGACCACCACACUGCACUGCCGAAGCCCCACCGCGCAACCUGUGCAAACAAAUACACCAAAGUGAAUGUCACACCACUCGUCUAGUGUAUUCCACCUGUAAAAACAAUUCAAUGGCGCCCGCGCAAAAGAACGUCGACGCCGACGUGUGCGAUAGCGACCUGCCUUCUCAAAUCAAAAUGAGGCUUAUGGCUACGGACAGUAAGAGCCAAAACCGAGAAGAACAUUGUGAUAACAAUAAUUCCAUGGACAAUAUUAGUGAGAAAGUGAACGUAGAUACAGGGUUCAACUUACAAAAAUACGAGGCUAUGGAGUUCAAAUCAAAGUUUAGAUGGCCCGAUCUGACAGUACAAGUGUUGUUGCAUUUAGUGUCUAUUUAUGGACUGUACCUGAUAGUUACAUUUAAAGUAAAAUUCUUAACAACGAUUUUUGCAUUCCUGACGAUUUACACAUCGGGCUUUGGCAUCACAGCGGGCGUGCACCGACUGUGGUCGCACCGUGCGUACCAAGCCCGUACGCCGCUACGGGUGCUACUGGCGCUGCUCUUUACCAUCACCGGACAGCGCGACAUCUAUACGUGGGCGCUGGAUCACCGCGUGCACCACAAGUACACGGAGACGGCGGCGGACCCGCACGACAUCCGGCGCGGCUUCUGGUUCGCGCACGUGGGAUGGCUCGUGCUCACGCCGCAUCCCGCCGUCGAGGACCGCCGCGCCGCCUUCAGGCUCACCUCGAGGGACCUCGACUCCGAUCCUGUCGUUGCGUGGCAGAAGAAAUACUUCAUCCCUUUGUUCGCGCUGCUCAAUGUGAUCCUGCCCGUAUGGAUCCCGUGGUACUGCUGGGACGAGUUGCUGGUAAACAGCUUUGUAGUCAGCUUCGUCACGAGAUUCACCAUCACGCUCAACAUCGCAUUCUGCGUCAACAGCUUCGCGCACCUGUGGGGGAACAAGCCUUACGACAGGUUGAUAAAAUCGACAGAGAACCUGGCGGUAAGCUUGGCUGCCCUGGGUGAGGGCUGGCACAACUACCACCACGUGUUCCCGUGGGACUACAGGACCUCCGAGCUCGGGCGCAUCAACAUCUCCACAGGCUUCAUUGACGCUUUUUCUAAAAUUGGAUGGGCGUAUAAUUUAAAAACAGCAACAAAGGCCAUGAUUAUUAGCCGAGCAAAGCGGAGUGGGGAUGGUACCUUGGGGGACAUGGAGGAGCCCGAUCCUAUGCUGAAAAACGAAGGCAUCGAAUGAGGCGACAACUAGAAUAAUAUAUCGGUCGCUGGAAAUCCGCAAUUACAAUUCGAUAUUUCGGCAAAACAUUCCUAUUAAGACAUUUUCAUUUUCUGCUCUAAAUUAAAUAUGUAAUAUGACUGUUAGAUUUUUGUAUUUUAUAUUAAAUGUUGUUCUUUAUAAAAGGGACCUUUCGGACAAAAUUGACCAGUGUGAACGAUUAGGUAUUUGUACAUGUAAAUGCAAUCCGAAGCGAUAUCAUCACUAAUUGCCAUAAAGUAUUUUUUUUUACCCGGAAACGGCACUUUGUACGGGUAUGUAAUAAUAAUUACGUUAAAUACGUUAGUGUAUGUAAAAUGUAGCUUCUCAUUGUCUUGAAAUUAAUAUAGGAAUAUAUUUUGACUAUUAGCUUAUUACUAGUUCAACUAAAAGCGUGAUAUUGGUUUUGUAUCGAGUUACUGGUACAGAGUCAAAGAUAGUAAAAAAAUGAAUUUACUUAUAAUUUUCUACUUUUUAUUUAUUCAUAAGUCGUUUUUUCACAAUAUUAACUGUUAAUUUACUUCUGAAUUAAGUUAGCAACCCAUACCGCACUCACUGCCAGGGUGCGUGGCCUAGGAACAAACUUGUAUGACGGUGAACGCACAUGUGCGUUGGGGGCAGUGAAUGUGAUACUCAUUAUAAUGUCCCCUACUAUUUUACACUCAUUAUAAAUUUGUACCAGUCAUCUGUAAAUAGUGAAGUUUGGUGUUACAUAAUCAAUAUAAUUAUGCUUAAAACCAGAGCAAAACUUUUUAAAUACAUAACUCAAUAGAAAAUAACCAAUGAAUGUUAAUGUCUAGGGAUUUCAAUUCAGUUUUUAUUGCUGACAAAGUAAUUAAAUUGCGUAAGGUAUUGACUGGGAUCCACAGAACACCAUAGACGGUGCAGGCCGGGGUUCAGGCAGACCGAAAAGGAGAUGACGGGACGACUUGGGACGCAUUCUAAAUACCCCAAAUGGUGGGAAAAUGCCGAUGACAGGGUCGAGUAGAGAAAACGAGGGGAGGCCUUUGCGCAGCAGUAGGACACCAAAGUAGGGAAGCUAAAAAAAAAGUUUUUAUCGACCUAACAUAUGUUUACCUGAAGAAAAAAUAUACCUUAAUGACUAGAUAAUUGUGCAAACACAGUUGUAGAAUCGCUAAGUUUUGUAAUGCCACGCCACGUUUAUCGUAUUUGGGUACCUACCUACCAAUGAAAUAAAAUGUAUUAUUUGUAACUUUAUAUGUAAUACUGUUUUAUUUAUUAUGUUAGGUUAUUGUAAAAAAGUUAUCACUCUGCGAGUGUGAAUAAAAUUUUACCUCAUUUUG